AUGAGACAAAAGGAGCAGGCAAAGAAGGCCCAGGAGGAGAAAGAGGCCCAGGAGAAGGCAGCACAGGAAAGGAAAGCACAGGAGGAGAAGGAAGCACAGGAAAGGAAAGCACAAGAGGAGAAGAAGAAGGCAAAGGAGAAGAAGGCACAAGAGGAGAAGGAAGCACAAGAAAGGAAGGCCCAAGAGGAGAAGGAAGCACAAGAGAGGAAAGCACAGGAAGAGAAGGAAGCACAGGAAAGGAAAGCACAAGAGGAGAAGGAAGCACAGGAGAAGGAAGAUGAAAGGCGGGAUACUGUACAGCUGCUCCUGGGUCUGCUUGCCGCUCCGUCCGGCGGUCGUCCCCCGCUGCGCGGCUUCGGGGUGGUGGGUGCCUUCGAAGGGAACGACUUCCACACCAUCUGCGGCAAGGGCUGGGAGACCAAGGGGGUGAGCCCCCAGGAGAUCCGGGCCUUCUGCGUGUGGAGGGCCCCCAUGUUCUUCGUGAGCUGCAACGGGCGGCUCCUGGACGCCUACCAGCCGAUGGAGAAAGAGGCGCGGGCCGUGGCCUUCACGGCGUGGGAGGGCCACGCCUUCUUCUACAAGAACGCCCGCAGCGUCUACCAGUGCGAUGACGCGGACCGCCUCUGCCCCAAAUCUAGGGCGGAGCGCCGGGAGAGCGCCGUGCCGGAGUUUUCCGAGUGGCGGGAGUGGGACGGGCAGCUGCGACCCGGGCACUUCUGGACCGCCGAUCUUAGGGCGGCGCGGGGGCAGCUCAUGGCGCAGGGCCACAGCCCCAAGGUGGCCAUGCGCAGCCUCUGUGAGUGGAGCCGCCUCCGGCUGCGGGCUGGCGACGAGGGUGACUGCGUCAUCUGCGAGCUGCCGGAGGAGCACGGCGCCCUGCGAGCCUGGAUGGAGCGCUUGGGGCUGAAGUACCGCGGGCAGAGGCUGGCCGCCGCCGCCACCGAGGCACUCAUGCACCUCCUGAAGGCCCAGCGGGAGCUCCCCCAGCAAAGAGAGCAGAUCCUGCAGGCGCAGGGCGGUCUGUGCAAUCUCUGCGGCGCCCCCGUUGCUUUGGGCACGUGCGAGUUCGACCACGUGGUGCCGGUGCACCAGGCCUUCCGGGGGCAGAUCCAGGAGUUCCAGGCGCUGUGUCUGGAGUGCCACCGGCUCAAGACGAGCUUGGAGAACAUGCAGGCGACCACGCUGGAGAGCCGCGUCUCGCGGCGGGUCUACGAGGCCUACGUGCAGUCCCCCAGGCUGCCGCCCCUUGUCUGCGCGCUGCAGAAGUGGUUCCCCUUGCCCGUCUUCUGCCCGCUGGAUUCGCUGCAGGAGGCGAGUGAGGGGCACCUGGCGGACCUCACCUACGUCAGGCUGCGCAGGGACGGCCGGAUGGCCCUUCUCAACCGGCUGCCCUACGUGGGCGAGGGCUGGUACGCCAAGCCCGCCGCGGCCUACAUGCUCGAGGCGGGCAUCACCACUUGGGGGGACUUCGUCUGGAGCCUGGACGCCACGGCCCACGUGGAGCAGCGUUGCCUGGCCUGGGCGCUGGAGAAGAUGGAGCGAGCCUGGGACGAGGAGCACAUGGCCAAGCUGGCCGUCAACGCCCUCAUCGGCCUCUGGGCCCGCAACGUGGACAUCACCUUCGUGGACGCCGCGGGGGAUCACGUCUUCGUCAGCCAGCUCUUCUCCAAUGCCUCCCACCGGCCCGCCUGGGACUUCGUGAUGGCCGCCGAGUACUGCGCGGUGGCCCGCAUCCGCCAGCACCUGGCCGAGGUGCCCCCGCGGUACCUGAAGUUCCUCAAGACGGACUGCCUCGGCUUCCAGGACCUUCCCAAGAAGUUCUGGCCGGCGGUGGAGCGCCUGGCGCUGCUCAAGCACCCCGACGGCACGCCCGUGUACCGCGUGAGCGAGGUGGAGCAGCUUCGGGGGCACCACACGGACCCGGAGAUCCAGGCCUGGAUGCCUGCGGCCGCUUCCUGGGAGUGGGUGGAGGACCCCGUGGCGCAUUGCCUGCAAGGGAAGAGCCUGCUGCUCCAGGGCCUGCCCGGCACCGGCAAGACGCACCUGGCGCGGCGCAUCGUGCAGCGCCUGAGGGAGGCGGGGGACGUGGUGCAGCUGGUGUCGAAGACCCACUCCUCGGCCCAGAACCUCGGCAUGGGCGCCCAGACCGCGGACCACUGGGUGCGGCGCACGGUGCGCAACGGCCGCUGCAGGCUCGACUGGCUCUGCGUCGAGGAGGUCACCCAGCUGGACGCCGGGCUGUGGGCGGACGUGGCCUGCGUGGCCAUGGACAAGUCCGCGCGCUUCCUGCUCAUGGGCGACUUCCGCCAGCUGCGGGCCGUGAUGGACAGCUUCGCGGGGGCCAGGGUGGAGCGGAGGCUGAAGGACAGCGACCUGCUGCGGGACCUGGCUGCGGGCUACUACCACGAGCUUUCAGAGAACCAGCGGUCCGACGAGCGCAUCUUCCGCUUCAUCGGCUGGCUGCGGGUCGGCGAGCCCGAGGAGGUGCCCCUGGCCGAGGCCAUCAGGGUGGCCCGCAGGGAGUUCCCCCGGCGGCCCGGCGAGCACCCCGACGUGUGCCUGGUGAUCUCCCACGCCCACAGGGUGCAGAUCAACGAGCGGGAGAACCGCCGGCUCGCGCCGCCCGACGCGGUGCUGAUCGCACGCCUCCCCGGGCUCGUGGGCGCCGGCGGCAAGGUGCCCCGCGGCGUCUUCGUGACCGUCGCGGAGGUGGGCGCCGAAAAGGUGACGCUGGACGGCGGGCAGCAGUUCUCGCACGCGGAGCUGCUGCGGCAGACGCGCCUGUGCCACGCCAUCACCGACGCCAGCUGCCAGGGGCUGACCCUCCGCGGCCACGUCUGGCUCUGCGACGCGGGCACGCAGCACUUCAACCUGCGGCAUCUGUACGUGGGCGCCAGCAGGGCCACGAGCAGCGAGCUGCUCGCGGUGCUGUGA